AUGAAAACAAUCCCUACCUUUAAUUUUAUUUAUUUCAGAACAAAACAUGAUUUAGAAGGGGUUUCUCUCGUUUUCGCCAUCUCAAUUUCAUCAUUUAUUUUGCAGGAUGAAAUCGAAGAAUUGGAACCAUUGUUUGACUACAGCCGGGUUCAGCCUGUGAACCCCAUCACCAUCGACGAUGAUUUUGAUGAUGACGAGGGUGUGAUUUGCGUUGAUAGUAAGAAGAGGAAGACUUCACAGACCGUUGAGGAUGAGAAGAAGACUAAUGGGAAAGGAGUGAAAGUGGUAGACAUUGAGGAUCAGGAUGAUGAUUGGUUACCUCCUCCGCCAAAGAGUGCAAGUAAUGCGCAGAGGUCGAUUGAUGAGGAUUCAACUUUGAAAAAAUUGAGAUUAAAGAAGCAGGAGCUUGCCUCAUUUGCCGAAUCAGCAAAACAAUUGUUAAAAGAUGUUGAAGAGUCUUCUAAAUUUGAAAUUAAUGAUGCAUUGCAGUCUUCGGUGGAUGGUGUUGAUGAGAACAGUGCAGAGAAUUCUGAAAGAGCAAAGAUUGUCAUUUCCGUUCAAGACAAGGAUGGAACAAAGCAGAUUCGAAUGUUUAUGGAUGACAAGUUUGAAAGGAUUGUCAAAACAUAUGCAGAUAAACUCAAGUGUGACCUGAAACAGAUAGUAUUGUCCUUUGAUGGUGAUAAAAUAAGUUCGUCUGAAACCCCUGCAAACCUUGGGAUGGAAGACGAUGAUAUUAUUGAAGUUCACGUGAAAUCAUGUUAA